UGAAUGCUCAUAGGUCAAAAUCUCUGGGUCAGUCUGGUCAUCACGGAACUCUUGCUUCACUACAGGCAUAACAGUAGUUCUGCAGGCUGUGUUGAGCGCUGUGUUCCCGCACUGCAAGCUGUGCGGGUUUGGGCUUCAGCGGAGCGAGUGUUGCCACCUCUCCUUUCUGGCUGGACUGAGGAGCUGCGCUGGUAUCGCGAUUCCCGCUGCACCAUCGGAAUCCGAUGGCGGUGGCCACCCAGAGCGACCUGGCUCAGGACUUUGUGACUUUUGAGGAUGUGGCCAUCUUCUUCUCCAAGGAAGAGUGGAGGCUCCUCGAUGAGGCUCAGAGGCAGCUGUACCUUCGUGUGAUGCUAGAGAACUUUGCACUUGUAACUUCAUUCGAUUGCUGGCAAGGAAUGGAGAAUGGAAAGCUACCCUUUGAUCAGGUUGUUGUAGAAGAAUUGUCACUGGUCAGGACCCCAAAAGCAAGUCCCACUAACCAGGAGUCUCAUCCAUGUGAUAUAUAUUUGCCACUCUUGAAAGGCAUGUUGCACCUGGUUCAUCAACUUAGGCAGAAAUCAAACCUUCCCCAGGAACAAAAUCAUCGCAACUCAGAAAAUACCUUGAAAAGACACUCACAUACAGCCUUACUGGUGAAGAAUUGCAGAAUUCGUCGGUCACAAAAGCCCUUCCCCUCUGCAGAAGUUAGAAAGAACUUCCCAGAUGCAUUGGGCAUUAUCCCUCCACAGACCAUUCCCAUUUGUGAGCAACCAAACCUAAUCACUGAAUGUGGAAAGGGCUUUCAGACUAGAAGAGGAUAUUCCAAGCAGAGUGAACACAGAGAAGCCUCCAGCCUUAAACACACUCAGGAUCACCACCCAAGAGCCAAUGCUAGAAAAAGACUUUCUGAGUCUACUAAAUGUGGGAAAGUCCACCGCCAUAAAAGCUCUUUUAUUCAUCUCAAUAGAGUCCCUGGUAGACAAAAGUCUUACAAGUGCAAUGAAUGUGGAAAAUCUUUUAGACAGACCUCCCACCUAAAUAACCACCUCAGAAUUCACACAGGUGAAAAGCCUUAUGAGUGUGGUGAAUGUGGGAAAUCAUUUACCCAAAGAGAUACCCUCAUUAAACAUUAUAGAGUUCACACAGGAGAAAAACCCUAUGUGUGUGAUGAAUGUGGAAAAUCCUUUAGGCAAAUUUCCAACCUUACUGAACACCGCCGAAUCCACACUGGAGAAAGACCUUAUGAGUGUGAUGAAUGUGGGAAAUCCUUUGGAUGCAAAUCAACUCUUGUUCGGCACCAGAGAAUUCAUGCAGCUGAAAAGCGUUAUGAAUGUGAUGAAUGUGGGAAAUUCUUCACACACAGCCAUAGUCUGCUUGAACACCAGAUGAUUCACACUGGAGCAAGGCCUUAUGGGUGUGAUGAGAAUGAGAAAUCCUUUAGCCAGAGAGAUACUUCCAACAAACACCACAAAACUCAUACUGCAGAAAAGCCUCAUGUGUGCAGCGAUUGUGGGAAAGCAUUCAUUUACAAAUCUAAGCUUGUUCGACACCAGAGAUCUCACACUGGGGAGAAGCCAUUUGAGUGCAAAGAAUGUGGGAAAUUUUUUCAAGAAAGCAAUGGUCUUAUGCAACACCAGAAACUUCAUACUGGAUUAAAGCCUUUUAAGUGUGGUCAGUGUGGUAAGUCUUUUGUCCAAAAGUGUCACCUCUUUCAACACCAUGUAGUUCACACACGAGAGAGACCAUAUGAGUGUGGUAAAUGUGGGAAAUCUUUUCCUCAACAGUCUACCCUCUUUCUCCACCGAAAAGUCUCACACCAUGGAGAGGCUUCAUAAGAAUAACAUGCAAAAAUAGCUUCAGUCCAAGGUCUAAUAUUCUUUAGGUCUUGGAAGUUCAUACUGUGCUCAAGAAGACAUGGACCUGCAGGGAGUGUUCUCAUUUAUUUUUCCUUUUCCUUUUUUCCCAGUAUUAACUUUUAUAAUUGAACUGCUUGCCUGAAGUUGAACCUUAUAUUUUCAAACAUCCAAGGCGUUUGUAUUCUUUGGGUGUUCAGGAAUGGAUGGGGUUUACAGGAACUGCUCCAUACAUGUUGAUGUGAUUUGGGCCCUUGUGUGAGUUAUACUCAAGCCAUUUUCUGUGGUAGAAACCAUCUUACAUUUUUAUCAGCUUGUUCAUUGUGCAUUGGUAUCCUCAACAUGCUAAGGAAAGGCGAAAUCCUGAGCAAAGCCUUAAGAGGAACAUGUUUUGUUUCGUUUUUUUCCUGAGUGGUUGAAAUGUGCAUCUGUCAUGUUUUACCAGGAGGAAUCAGACUUCAGUCUGCUGAAGUUUUCCAGCAUUAUCAUCCCUUCUUUAUGGAAAUUGUUGUCUUACACUGACAUGGUGGUUAAUUUUUCCAGCCUUCCAUUUACCAACUUGAGACUACCAACCUCUAGUCUGUGCAUUAAUAAACACGUUUACUGUGGAGUCUA